UAUUGAAAAAUUGGGUGUAGUAUAAGCACUGCGAAAUCGUACACCAUGCCGCCUUCGAACCAUUGUUUCAGUCGUUUAUCUGAACUUUUCUUAUCAUGUGUAACAAUGCAGGUCGAACUUGUGGCUAUGACUACUAAUUUGACAAUAGCGAAGGAUCGAACAUGGUGUUACGUGCAUGAAAUAGUCGUCCAGAAAUAUCACUUGAUUUGGACAAGGAAUCUGAGUUACAUUUUUCUAGAAGUUUAUGAUUUCAGACUAAUUACCUUGCAGACAGCAUGAAGGAAAAGCAAAAGAGGGUGAAUGUGAUAGACCCGCCUCUACAAUUUGCAAGUCGAAUAGAAGACAAUGGAAAUCACGAGUACUUAUGAUGAUGAUGCUAUCUUGCAGGUUUAUCAAGUUGGGGAUGACAACGGUUGGCCCUCUGUUGGACAGUAAUCAGAAGCACUUGUGAAGGAAAAGCAUGUCUUGCGGCUUGAGCCUCAUUGGUUUCUUAUGUCCAACGAUUCUGCAGAAAAGUUGCAUUUGAAUAGUGCAUCCUUGCAGACUCAGCCUCGUGAUGUAUGAUCAGCAGCAAGGCAUGCAGAGUUUCAGCACUGGAUAUGUGUUCCCCGACCGGUUAGAGCAACAGAGCAAAAUGCGUGAACCAGUCGGUGACGAUUUCUUCUUCAAUCGUGAUCAUGGUUCCAGUGGUUCUUUCUUGAGAAAACCACAGCCAUUAUGUCGUAUGGUCGGCUACAAUGUUACCCACCUUAACUGCCUACCCUGCUUUCCGCAGCAGCAGAGCCAGACACCUCCUCUACCACUCAUCGAUCGGGAUAUUCAGCCAGGGAGAAGGACCUCAUGUGGUGAUUUUCUAAGUGCCGAAUCGACCUUCCGAUUUCCACCACAAAUGCAAAAUGCCAACAACGUUGUUCCAGGUUCCCUGGAACUGAACCAAGGCGUAACUCUGGGACACAGAGCGUUGUCGUUUGUGCGUGGUGAUCCCCCCAUGGAACAGGCAUCUAAACAAGCUGAUGAUCAAAUGGCAGAUUUCAAGGUGACGUGUUUCGUUCACGAACAGGAUGGAUCCGACUUAAGGCAGACCUGGUGCCAACCAUCUGAUCAAGUCAUCACGAAUUUGCCGAGCUCUGGCCCGGCUCAAGCAUCUCGACAUCACUGCCUAGGUCCUGCCCCGAAACGAACAUAUCCCUACUCAACGACAACCUUUGAAUCCGGUGGAGAGAGUAAUCGGCCUGCACACCACAUUUCAACCAGUGGUAGGCGAAGGGAACUUGCGCCGAAGAAAGGCAGAAGACACAUGAUUCCGAAGAGAACCGCUCAAGCCGUGCUCAGCAAUGUAGUCUCGCAACGUAAGAGUCAUAUCUGGUCAGAGAGGCAGCGACGCCGCUCCAUGAACCAAUUAUACACAACUAUGCGAGCGCUACUCCCUCACCAGUCUGUCAAAACCGACAAGUCCACCGUUGUUUUGGACAUCGUAAAUUACAUCCGAACUCUGCAAGCGGAGCUGGAAAUGCUCUCGAGGCGACGCGACCGACUGGUUACGACACGCAACUUGCACCAGAAAUCUUCCCAAGCGUUUUCAGCCCAUGGCCUCACUUGUGUGGAUCACACGAGUGAUGCCUCUGUACUGACGGCUGUGACCACCUUACCUCCGCCGGGCAGCGCUUCCUGCCUGGCCUCUUUCCUGGGCAACAACGUGGCCAUCCAUAUCUGCGGUCACCACCUCUUUGUCACCAUCACUGCUCCUGCCCAGCUAUGCCUCCUAACACACAUCAUUGCGACUCUCGAUAGCUACAACUUAAACGUGUUAAGUAUUGCCGUUAACUCCCGGGACAACACAACCGCAUACUCCCUAUCAGUGGAGGCAAGUCAGGUUGCGGAGGCUAUAGGUGACGAUCUGCACACAGCUCUGCAGAUUGUUAUCAACAAUUUCUCGUCCAGCGAAAUCGAAGCAGCGUGACAGAUUUUCUCGUUCCAUUCACUAUGCUUUUGACGCAAGAAUUGGCCAAAGAGGCAAAAGUGUUGCGGACUGAAUACUGGAUCAUAUCUGGAACCUCGAACCGGAUGAGAUGUGGUGUGUUCUCCAGUCUAACGUUACAGUGUCCAUGCGACUGGAUUACGGAAGCACUUGCAUAAGUUAUCUUAUUGGAAAUAGAACAAUUGUAUUUCAGAUACGAGGUUUCCAGGGAGUGUCUAGAAACUCUUCUAGCUCAAACAGAAAUUCAUGCGUGUGAUGAAUGUAGUGUCGAGUAAACAGAUACACGCAUCAGUAAUUUCCCUCUACAGGAAAUUCAGUGUGCAUGGAAAUGGCUCCAACAUCUUCUGAAAUUAAGUGUUCCAAUCUGAGGACGCAAAACUACGCAAGUGUAAAGUUCUGAUUAAAUCGCUAGGAUUUUGUGUGUUUAAAAUUAUGUAACAACAGCUUGAAUGUACUGCUUCAGGCUAAAUCUGUUGGAAUAACCCUGUUCUCAGUAUCAAGGGACAAUUCAGUUAGCGCUGACGUGGUCUUAGGGUAAACUAAUUAUAGCCUAUGGCUAGUAUAAACGAGAGUCCUCGAGGAGCUCAGUGUCUGUGUGUGUGAUUCUACACAGUAUCACCGUGAGUUCCCGGUGCUAUUGGAUUCAAUAUAUUUCCAUUUUUUCAUGGUGUCAGCUGGUUCUCCUCCUGACAUCCCAUUCGUGCACUUCUGGGCAUGAGCUCAGAUUCAGAGCUUCCAGAACCUGCCUCACCUAGGACUGCUACACCUGCCUUGCAAUCUGACUCGAUACCAGCAGAUCCAUUGCAGGUAACCACCUCUCCUCAUUCAUUCUUUCCUCGUACCAUUGCUAGCGAUGCCAAUCUCAUCCCCGUUGAAUGUAGGCUCACAGGUGAAGAAAACUAUAGUAUCUGGAGCUUUAUAAUAGAACAUGUCUUGAGGAGGGAGGGACUAUGGCGCUACAUCAAAGAAGAGUGGCCCUCAGUCGUGAGACAAUCACCAAAAGAGCGAAGCAAUCGGUAGAGCACCAAGGUAAUCCUCACCCUUUCUCUGCAUCUCAGUUUGUUCACGGAGAUCAAAUCAGAAUGCUACCUUCACUCUCUGUAGGAAGUUCUAAAAACCAUGAUGGUUUCCACUAACCAAUUUAGCAAGAAUGACCUCCUGAACCGUCUAUUCAACACACGGUUAUUCCUAGACAUCGGUAUGAAGGACUUCUUGUGCAGACCUAGUUGAUAAACUCACAUAAGUACAAGUGGAGUGGACUGACUAUAUACUGACCUUGGUCCUUAAUGCUCUACCUCAUUAAUAUAAUAGAUACAUAGAAUUACUUAUGAUGCAACAAAGACUUCUCAUACUUUGACAGCUUGAGCCCUACUUCUUAGUAUCAUAGACAUAUAUAUAUAUAUACCUAGAUAAGAAGUGCUAGGUAGAAGGUAAAUAUAGAUAGAUUUGAUAAUAUUUUU